AUGAUGACCCAAACCCGCUCGAUGGAGGCCCGUACAGGGCGAAUAAACCAACGCUACGGAUCCAAAGGCGAAAGACUCGUGGCCGGUGUGGUUCCCUUGUCUGCGGACAAGACCAAGGUUCUUAUGAUCCAGUCCGCAGGACGGGGAGGUUGGGUGCUGCCUAAAGGUGGAUGGGAGACAGACGAACCCAGUGCCUCGCAGGCUGCCUGUCGGGAGGCCUGGGAAGAGGCCGGGGUGUCAUGUACGGUUACAAAGGAUCUGGGGUUGAUCCCCGACAUGCGCCCCUCUACAACAUUGACCUCCAUUGCACCCAAAGCUUCAUACCAAUUCUUUGAGGUGACAGUUGAUCGGGAGGAGGAUCAGUGGCCUGAGAUGCACAAGCGCACCCGUCAAUGGGUUUCAUAUGCGCAAGCUGCAGCUGCUCUGGCAAGUCGUCCAGAGCUUUUAGAGGCGUUAAAUCGCAGUUCUUUGAAACGAUAG